AUGUUCAAACGAUACGCCAAGGAUCUGCCUGAAGAGGUUCUCAACUGGCGUCUUGGCUAUGCAGUGCUUGUCUUCGGCUUGCUGGGCACAGCCCGUGGUCUCGAUGAAGGUCUUAUUGGCACCACCACCUCCCAAAAAUCUUUCGUUACGCAGUUCGGGUUGAAGAACAAGGACUUGACUGCCACCGAGCAGGCUAACCUUUUGUCCAACAUUACAUCUAUGGUGCAACUGGGAUCGAUCUUCGGCGCCCUAUUUGCUUUCCCUAUCACCGACAGGAUUGGUAGACUUUGGGCUGUGAGGGAGCUUUGUCUGGUCUGGGUUGCUGGCAUCUCUAUUUUUCUUGGUGCUGCUGCUCAUGGCAGUCUCGGUAUGGUAUAUGCUGGUCGCUUCAUCGCUGGACUCGGUAUCGGACAGACCACUGUCGUCGCACCCACAUAUCUCGCCGAAGUGGCUCCCAGAUCUAUCCGUGGAUUGUGCGUGGGUAUCUUCUCUGGCUCCGUCUACCUUGGCAUCAUGCUAGGAUACUUUGCUUCAUACGGCACUUCAUUGCACAUCAGCAACCACAACCCCAUUCAAUGGGUUAUUCCCAACACACUGCAUCUGUACUUUGCAGCCAUCAUCUUCACCUUCAGCUUCUUCGCCGUCGAGAGCCCUCGUUGGCUGAUCAAGAACAAGCAACAAGCCAAAGCCGUCGAAAAUCUCUGUAAGAUUCGCGGAUUGAGUCAAGAUCACGAGCUGGUGCAGAACGAGAUCAUCGAUAUCAACAGCCAACUCGAGCGCGAGCAGGAAGCCACCAUGGGAGCCUCUAAAGUCGGACUCAUCCGCGAACUCUUCUGCAUGAAGAGCAACCGCUACCGUAUCUUCUUGGCCAUUGGCGCUCAGUUGCUUGGCCAAUGGAGUGGAGCUGGGUCCAUCACCGUCUAUGCACCCCAGUACUUUGCUCUGAUGGGCACAACCGGCACACAAGAGAAACUUCUCGCCACCGGUAUCUUUGGACUCGUCAAAUUCAUCAGUGCCAUCAUGUGUGCUUUCUUCCUGGUCGACUUUAUCGGCCGCAAGAGGAGUUUGAGUAUUGGUAUCACCAUUCAAUUCGUGGCUAUGCUUUACAUGGCCAUGUUCUUGCAGAUUGACAAGAGUAUUGGUGUGAAAGGAAAUGUGCAAACUGCUAGUCAGAAGUCAGCUGCCAAGGGCGCGAUUGCCAUGAUUUAUUUCUCCGGAUUUGGAUGGGCUAUGGGCUGGAACUCGAUCCAAUACCUCAUCAACGCCGAAAUCUUCCCCUUGCGUCUGCGUGCGAUUGGUGGAAGUAUCGCAAUGGCCUUCCAUUUCGUAAACCAAUACGGCAACUCCAAGGCUGUGCCCGAAAUGUUUGUCGGCAUGACCACUGCAGGAACCAUGUUCUUCUUUGCUGCCAUCACUCUGCUGGGUCUGUUCUGGGUUUACUUUUUCCUGCCCGAGACUUCAGGAAGGAGUCUUGAGAGUUUGGACGCUGUGUUUGAGUUGCCCUGGUGGAAGGUGGGCAGAUAUGGCAGCAAGGUUGCUGUGUCGCCUGCGCUGUUUGAGGGCGAGGAGGGUGCUGGGGAGAAGGAGAAGCAAGUUGAGUAUUUGGAGACGGCCAGGCAGGGGGCUUAG